AACAAGCAAGUCCGAGGAUGGAGGCAGAAGGGAGGAGGGUGAGGGGAGAAGCGCCAAGCGCGCUAUUCUCCUAGGGAAAUCCACUGGCUGCCUACUCCCGGCCGGCCGCAGUCACUAGCACAAAAUGGCGACGAGAAGGGAGCCGGCGUUCCGGCCACCAUCCACCUACUAAGGGAGCGCGCUCUGGCCGGCUUCGCCGAUUGGUUGCUGCCUACUGUUGGCCAGCCCUAGCCUCCUCUGAUUGGCAAGUGUAUGCCACCUCCCAGUCACUGAGAGCGCCCUGCUAGUGGAGAAAAAGAGUAGCUAUUGGCCAAUCCAGCAAGGCCCGCUUUUUAGAUCAACUUCCUUUGAAGAUGAAAGACUAGCGGAAGCUUCACUUCUUUCCCCCAAAGGGCAAGGGAAAUCACUGAGCAGUUGGCUGGGAAUUGUGCCCACCCAAAUGCCACCAAUUUCUUUCUGUCAAGGAAAUGAGGAGACCUAUCAAUAAGAGAUUUCUCAGCUUGAUGGAGAGGACAGGGGAAUGAUUGGUCCCGCGAGGCCAUGACAACGGGAGUGAGAGGACUCCUGAACGCCCCACCUCAUUUGAAAACCAAAUCAGACUAGGGACCUAUUUAGUGUGAUGGGGCGGUGCAACAAUUAUCGCGCUGCGGGCUAACUGCGUCUGCGCACAAUCGCAUUUCCGUCUCCGCUCCGAGACCCUGCAGUACAAUCUGUAAUGGCGUCUGGGCUAUUAGGUUUGUCCGCUCGCCGCCUUUUGGUGGCAGUGGCGACGCGAGGGCUCCUGGCUGCCCAUGUUCGCUGGGACUCUGGUUCCUCCAGGGCUGUAGUCACCCCGUCCACUGUGGCGGGAAAGCGGCCGCCGGAACCGACCAUACACUGGCAGGAGGACCCAGAACCCGAGGAGGAAAACCUCUAUGGGACGAACCCCGACUCCCACGGUUUUGACAAGGACCCUGUUAUAGAUGUCUGGAACAUGCGGGUUGUCUUCUUCCUUGGCUUCUCCAUUGUCAUGGUCCUUGGCGGCACCUUCGUGGCCUAUCUGCCUGACUAUGGGAUGCAGGAGUGGGCCCGCCGGGAAGCUGAAAGGCUUGUGAAAUACCGAGAGGCCAAUGGCCUCCCUCUCAUGGAAUCCAACUGUUUCGACCCCAGCAAGAUUCAGCUGCCAGAGGAUGAGAACUGACCAGUUGCUGAGGGGGACUCAAGAAGUACCACCUUCCCCACCCCUGCCUGUCAUUCUGUCUUCUCCUCAGAACACCUAAUUAAAGGGACUGAAAGUCUAA